AUGACUGCAGACACCAGUGUCGCAGAUGGCCUUGCGCCAGAAAUCCACGGCCGGCUCCUCCUCCUCUCGAACCGUCUCCCCAUCACCAUCAAGCGCUCCGAUGACGGCAGCUACACAUUCUCCAUGUCCUCCGGCGGCUUGGUCACCGGCCUUAGCGGCCUCAGCAAGACCACUAGCUUCCAGUGGUACGGAUGGCCGGGUCUCGAAGUCCCUGACAAUGAAGUCGCCGACAUGAAGCAGCGCCUGAAGGACGAAUACGGCGCGCACCCAGUAUUUAUCGACGACGAGCUCGCCGAUAGACAUUACAACGGAUUUUCAAACUCCAUCCUCUGGCCCCUCUUCCACUACCACCCCGGCGAAAUCACCUUUGAUGAAUCCGCAUGGGCAGCCUACCAAGAAGUAAACCAUCUCUUCGCCCAGACCGUCAUCAAGGACGUUCAAGAUGGCGACCUCAUCUGGGUCCACGACUACCACCUCAUGCUCCUCCCGCAGAUGCUGCGGGAAGAAAUCGCCAAGACCAACAAGAAGGUCAAGAUUGGCUUCUUCCUGCACACGCCGUUUCCCAGCAGCGAAAUCUACCGUAUCUUGCCCGUUCGUGAACCUCUGCUCCGCGGCCUGCUGGACUGCGACCUGAUUGGGUUCCACACGUACGACUAUGCACGUCAUUUCCUGAGCAGCUGCUCCCGCAUCUUGGGCACGCAUACCACGCCCAAUGGCGUCGACUGGAACGGACGCUUCGUCACCAUUGGUGCGUUCCCCAUAGGCAUCGACCCGGACAAAUUUGUCGAAGGGCUCAAGAAACCGUCUGUGCAGGAACGCAUCGCGACACUGAACCGCAAAUUCGAAGGUGUCAAGUUGAUUGUCGGCGUCGACAGACUGGAUUACAUCAAGGGAGUGCCACAGAAGCUGCACGCCUUGGAAGUAUUCCUAACCGAACACCCUGAAUGGAUCGGCAAAAUCGUUCUCGUCCAGGUCGCCGUCCCCUCGCGCCAAGAUGUGGAAGAGUAUCAGAAUCUCCGCGCCGUGGUCAACGAGCUCGUCGGCCGCAUCAACGGCAAAUUCGGCACCAUUGAAUUCAUGCCCAUCCACUUCCUCCACCAGUCCGUCUCCUUUGACGAACUAACCGCCCUCUACGCCGUAUCAGACGUAUGCCUCGUCUCCUCGACCCGCGAUGGCAUGAACCUCGUCUCAUACGAAUACAUUGCCACGCAGCGAGAACGCCACGGUGUCAUGAUUCUCUCCGAAUUCACCGGCGCCGCACAGUCUCUUAACGGGAGUCUCAUCGUCAAUCCAUGGAACACGGAGGAACUGGCCAAUGCCAUCCAUGAUGCCGUCACCAUGAGUCCUGAGCAGCGGGCGGCGAACUUUAAGAAACUGGAACGCUAUGUCUUCAAGUACACCAGCGCAUGGUGGGGAACCAGCUUCGUGUCUGAAAUGACUCGCCUUGAUUCGAACAAUGUCCAGCCCAAGACGUUGCGGAACGUGUCUGGCGCCGUUGUUGGGCCGGGCCAGGACGAAGAUGAGGCUGUUUCGCCUACGCAGAACAACCCAUGA